UGUAAUACAGGCGGGCUCCAGCAGCACGGCGGGAUGGACGUGGCUGUGGGCUUGUACCUGGCCGUCCCGCUGCUCUUCACCGUCCUGGCCCUCGUCCUCGCCUCCGUCUUCAUGAGGCUGCAGGGAGCCGAGGGGGAGCGGCCCCGGGAGCUGGCGUCAGCCGAAGUGUCCCGGGAGAGCGGCCCCGGUGACCAAGCGGCGGAGGGAGCGGGGCCGGAGGCCGGGAGGGAGCGGCUGACGCUGGAGGAGGUCGGGGCGGUCGAGGAGGGGAAGAAGGCUGCUGCCGAGCAGCGGGAGGAGGUGGCGGAAGAACCGGGCCCCGCAGCCGAGCCCAGCCCCACGGCGCCCGAGAGCAUCCCCCGACAGCCGCCCACCGAGCCCUGCGAGCCCGAGCCCCAGGAGGAUGCAGAGAGCAAGAUACCACCUUUGGGAGCCUCUGGGUCCAGCCUCGGGUACCCGGGACAAGCGGAGGAUGCUGGAGACCAUGCAGCAUUUCCCAGCAAGUCAGAGGAGGAAGAUCUGGACUCAGAAAAAGAGAAGCUGGUGGUGAGAGAGCCAGCAAGCACAGCAGCUACACCAGCCCCAGUGACAAGUACAGCAGCAUCAUUUGAGAGUUCUGAAGGUUUUGAAUGGCCUUUGGGUACCCUUGGGACCUGCCUGCUGAUUGUGAUGGGGCACACAUACACAGUGUGUUUUACCCAUGACCGUUUUGUCUGA